CGGUCUGAGGCUUCUGUGCGCGUCCCGGUGCGCCUGAGGUCGCUGUUCAGAACGUCAGCUCUGCUUCUCUUUCGAUUUUGACGUAAAAAUGGAGAAGCGUUGUUUGGACUCACAAGUCAAAGGAGUCAGCACAGGGACCACCAUCCUGGCAGCCGUAUUUGAUGGAGGGGUUGUGAUUGGGUCAGAUUCCAGGGCUUCUAUUGGAGGGGAAUAUGUAUCCUCAAAGACCAUCAACAAAGUGAUUCAGGUUCAUGACCGGAUCUUCUGCUGCAUGGCUGGCUCACUGGCUGACGCCCAGGCUGUCAUCAAAGCUGCUAAAUUUCACCUGUCCUUCCACAGUGUCCAGAUGGAGAGCCCUCCACUAGUCAUAGCAGCAGCAUCAGUGUUGAAAGAGUUGUGUUAUAAAAACAAAGAGGAGCUGCAGGCUGGUUUUAUGACAGCAGGCUGGGACAGGAAAAAAGGACCACAGGUUUAUGUCGUGUCUCUUGGUGGGAUGUUAAUCAGUCAACCAGUUACCAUCGGAGGCUCAGGCAGCACUUACAUCUAUGGCUACGUUGAUGCUAAAUACAAACCAAACAUGAGCAAAGACGAAUGCCUACAAUUUGCCACCAAUGCUCUUGCUCUGGCCAUGGGCAGAGACAACGUCAGUGGGGGCGUGGCUCACCUGGUGGUGAUCACGGAAACAGGAGUGGAGCAUGUGGUUGUACCUGGUGACAAGCUACCCAAGUUCCAUGAUGAGUGACUGCCCUCCAAACACCAAUGGGAGUUUGAUAACACUGCAUAAAGGAGAGUGUGACCUGGGACGUUUGAAGCCACGAUGAGCCAUACUCUUAUUACCAGGAAUGCUAUUAAAAAUCAUGCACAGUAGUUUUGUGGGAAAAAAUAAAGAUAAAGCUUUGCCAAAAACA